GGAGUAAAGAACCGGGCGGAAAGUACGGCUAACCGCAAGCUGCCGGCUCGCAACUACGGCGGAAGGCGGACUCUCGCGGGAGCCACAGAGAGGCCAGCAGCCGGCCACGUGACUUCCGGGCGGCCUGCUCUCCCUACCUCUCGGCGCUCAGCAGCCACGUCGGCGGCGGUCUCUGCUCAGGGGAGGGGCGUGGCAAAGGCCCGUGCGUGGUACGUGUCCCGCCCCUCGCCGCCCGGAGCCCGGAUGAAGAGUAGCGCCAUUACCGCCGGAGCCGCCGAGAGCCUUAGCGGACGGAAACUGGACACUGGACCGGCAGCGCCAUGAGACUCCUCCCCCGCUUGCUGCUGCUUCUCUUGCUCGUAUUCCCUGCCACUGUCUUGUUCCGAGGCGGCCCCAGAGGCUCAUUAGCAGUGGCACAAGAUCUUACAGAGGAUGAAGAAACAGUAGAAGAUUCCAUAAUUGAGGAUGAAGAUGAUGAAGCUGAGGUAGAAGAAGAUGAACCCACAGAUUUGGUAGAAGAUAAAGAGGAAGAAGAUGUGUCUGGUGAACCUGAAGCUUCACCGAGUGCAGAUACAACUAUACUGUUUGUAAAAGGAGAAGAUUUUCCAGCAAAUAACAUUGUGAAGUUCCUGGUAGGCUUUACCAACAAGGGUACAGAAGAUUUUAUUGUUGAAUCCUUAGAUGCCUCAUUCCGUUAUCCUCAGGACUACCAGUUUUAUAUCCAGAAUUUCACAGCCCUUCCUCUGAACACUGUAGUGCCACCCCAGAGACAGGCAACUUUUGAGUACUCUUUCAUUCCUGCAGAACCCAUGGGCGGACGACCCUUCGGUUUGGUCAUCAAUCUGAACUACAAAGAUUUGAACGGCAAUGUAUUCCAGGAUGCAGUCUUCAAUCAAACAGUUACAGUUAUUGAAAGAGAGGAUGGGUUAGAUGGAGAAACAAUCUUUAUGUAUAUGUUCCUUGCUGGUCUUGGGCUUCUGGUUAUUGUUGGCCUUCAUCAACUCCUAGAAUCUAGAAAGCGUAAGAGACCCAUACAGAAAGUAGAAAUGGGUACAUCAAGUCAGAAUGAUGUUGACAUGAGUUGGAUUCCUCAGGAAACAUUGAAUCAAAUCAAUAAAGCUUCACCAAGAAGGUUGCCCAGGAAACGGGCACAGAAGAGAUCAGUGGGAUCUGAUGAGUAAAUGUUCCUUUGUGCAACAAUUCGGUCUUUACUUAACCUGCCCUAAUAUUUUUCGGCCUGAUGGGAAUUAGUGCAGAGAAGCCAUGUCACCAUAGAAGGCAACUACUACUUGUGUGUGGACUGAGCAAUCAGAGUCUGUGGCGAUAAUAUUGCUGAAAAUGCACUGCAUUCAUUUUUCUAAAGUAACAAAUUUGGUUUUUUUUUUAAACCAUUAAAAUCUAUGUGUGUGCGUGUGUAUGUAUGUGAGCAGUUGGUCUUACCAGAAUCAUUGUUGAACUACCUGAAACAAGUCUUUAGAAUACUAAGUAUAAUGCUGUUGUCUCUUCCUUUUUGACAUUUUCUGAUUUUUUCCCCCAAAACUCAGUUAAUAUUUACCCACUAUGAUGAUUGAUGUCAUGCCUUGAAAAGUUUUAAAGAAAACAAUUUUUGGAAUAGCUGAAAUUUCAAUUGAUGGCACAAAUUAGCAUUUUGUUGUUGUUGCUGUAUUACAAUUAGUAUUCUAAAGGCAGAAGCAGAAGUAGCUGCUUUUUAGCAAUAGAAUUGUUUCAGUAUUUUGCUGCUGUUUAAUGCGCAUCUUCAGAAAACUUCCCAGUGGGUUCAAGGAAUUUGGGGAUCUCUCUGGCAACAAAUUGUGAAACAUGAAAUUUCUGCUGACUUUAAUAUAUGAAACCUAAUCCUACCCCCUUUUUUAACAAAAAGAAACUAGUACAUUUGUGAAAAUUGUGUUGUGUUGUCCAUUGUUGCUCUAGUUCUGACCUAGAGGUAGCUCCGGAGUGAUUUUAGACCUACUCACUCGGUUGUGUGUAGAUUUUUUUGUUUUGUUUUGAGAGAGAAUUUUUCUCUCCUUAAUAGAAGCAUCCUUUUUAAAGAAAAGUUGCUUUGGUCCACAGACUAAGCAGAAAAUCAAGUCAUCAGGACAGAGAUAUUUCCCAAUUACUCCUAAUCAAUGAAGAAAGUGAGUUGGAUAUUUUUAAAGCAGUUAACUAAUUUUUUCUUACCUAAUCUUUUGGGAGUUUUGCUUGUUGAUAUAACCUUUUUAGUUAAUCUGAAAGAUUCCAAAAAUUGUUCUUAAGUGCAUAAGACUGGAACCAAAAUUAAAUUGUACUUCAUAAAAUCCUCUUAUAGAGUUACUCUUGCCCUAGAUUGUAAAUUAAGUUUGGCAUUAUUGUCAGACUGGAUGGAGGGUGAAGUAAAAUAGUAUGAACAGUUAAGAGGCUCUCCCCCUCUUGUCUUUAAGCCAUAUUCUCCCACAUGUAUUUUAUAAGAAAAUGUUAAGUCAAAUUUUAGUGGCUCUUUAAUUCCUGAACCUCUUCAUUCUCCAUUUCAGUAUAACCUCCCCUGUGCUCAUGCCCACACAGACAAAAAACAAAACGAAAUACACACAGAAAAAAGUCUUUCCAAACUGUUUAAAUAUUUAAACAUCUGAGCCAAAGCAGAUAGAAGUUAUUGUAUAAUUGUUAAUCACUUUGCAAAUAGGGGCUAAGAUAUCAAAUUACCUAUAUUGGCAUUGCUGGAUUAUAAACUCUAUAUCUGUAAUAUAAAGUGUUUGAGUUUUUAAUUGGGCUUUUGUUAUGAUCAGGAGUUGACUUGGAAAAGCUCUAUGAGCUCUAAGUAACUGCAUGGUUUUUUGUUUAAUGUAAUAUAGGAGACCCUUCACAUUCUCAAGGAAUAUAUUCCAAAACAUUUUUGUGAAUAUCUAAGUUUGUGAAACUACUAGGGCAUGAUACAGUAAGGUGUAAUUACAGAAUUUACAAAAUGUAAAUGGCCUCUAGAGAGUUUUAUGGAAUACCUGGUAAUAACUCAGGCAGCUGCAAAACCACACUGAGUUACAGCUGCCAGCCCUCUUCAUUCCUAAAUAACUUGCCUUACAUAUCAGCCCUCCCACUUCUGAAGUUCAAAUUAGUGCCUCGGAAAUGUAGAAUUUAUUAUUUGUCAUGUUUUAUUUUUUUUUUUUUUUUAGCAUAGAUUGAGAACAGUUGAACUCUUAAAUCCUCAGAUGCCAGGGGUCUGCUCUAGCAUCAGUAAGUAUUUAGCAGAAACUAACUCCGUAAUGAAUGGAAUUCAAUUCCACACAUGGUUUGUUCAAGCACACUUAAUAAGUAGCCUAUUUUUUAAAUGUCUUUUUAAAAUGUAAAUAUUUGGAUGAAGUUUUUCUUUGUUUUGAUAUAUUCAUUUGCUACACCAACUAUGUUUUCAGAAUUCAUCUUUUGAACAAGUUGGUUUCAGAAUAUGUAAAAUGACUUUAAGGAUCUUGUGUAUCAAACCUGUCCGCAGAUGUGUGAGAAUAAUGUGUUCAUAAAGCAUGGAUCUCGC